CUCAAAUAAUAAAUAAAUAAAUAAAAAGUAAUAAAAUACAACAAAAACACAAUAAAAAAGGAUAUUUACGGUUAUACUUGUGAGGUAGUGGUUAAAAAUAACUAAAGUGGCGCUUCACUCGACCGAAGCCCUGAUGGCGGGCUUUCUCAAGUCCUCGGAUCUCGGCCCGCAUCCACACACAUACGGCUCGUCGCACCAUCCGCAUCACACACAUCCGCACGGGCCACUGCCUCCUGGUAUGCCGCCCAUGGCAUCUCUUGCACCAUUUGGCCUUCCUCAUGGCUUAGAUGCCGUUGGGUUUCCGCAAGGUAUGUGGGGUGUGAAUCCACGCAAGCAACGACGAGAACGAACGACAUUCACGAGGGCGCAAUUAGAUGUCUUAGAAUCGUUAUUCGGCAAAACGAGAUACCCCGACAUCUUUAUGCGAGAAGAGGUUGCUUUAAAAAUCAAUUUGCCAGAAUCCCGUGUACAGGUUUGGUUCAAAAACCGGAGGGCAAAAUGCCGCCAACAACUGCAACAUCAAACGACAUCUAGCGUAAAUAGUUCUAAAUCGUCAACAGGCAGCGGAUCCGCGGCAUCGCGAAACAGUAGCAAUAACAACAACUCAUCGUCGUCAGCGAGCAGUAAAAAUUCCUCGUCAUCCGGCGGAAACACGAAUAGUUCAAAUAACAAAUCGAGUAGCAAUCCCCUGAAAUCGUCAUCCGGACAUCAUCCCGGCUCAAAUAGUAAUAACAACAACAAUUCCUCGUCCGCCACAAAUAACAAUAACAACAACGCAAACAGCACGUCAACCGCCAACGGACUCGGCUUGAGUAGUCAGCAUCAGCAGCAGCAGCAACAACAGCAACACAAUCCGUCGCCCAUUCUGCCGAUGACGCCAUCGACGAGCGUGAGUCCGCCCAUCAACGUUAUCUGCAAGAAGGAAAUUACCUCGUUCCACGGGCACAACACGUCAAAUGGCAGCGUCGGAGAUGCCAGUCUCAAGUCCUCCGCCUACGAUUCCCUCAAAUCCGACGCCGAACUCUCAGGUCUCUCGCAUCAUCCUGCUGCCUAUGCCAACAUUAAUUCGCGUCUCGGGCAAUCGACGGGCGGCACAACCGGCAAUUUGACGCCACUUGGCAGCAAUUCGUCGAUCAUGACGACACCAUCGCCGCCCAUCACGCCGCAAAACCACAAUCCGCUGAGCUACGUGCCGAAUCACGAGCACAACUUUUGGUACAAUCAGUACAACCAGUAUCCGAGCAACUAUAAUGCCAGUUAUUACACGCAAAUGGACUACUUCCAGAACCAGAGUCAGUCGAAUUACAACAUGGGCCAUUCCGGGUACUCGACAUCGAAUUUCGGCUUGAACUCCGGAUCGUCGCUCGGCGGUGCAAUGAGUGCUCAAGCAUUUUCCCCCAAUCUCGACUACAUGCCGCAAGAUAAGUAUGUGAAUAUGGUAUAGAAAUUAAAACAGCAUUUUGCGUUGUUCGACGAUUAAACUCUAAUUUUCCCUUUUUAACAACAACAACAACAACGAGAAUCACAGGAAUGAUUCCUGACAAAAAAAAUUCGCGAUCUCAUCGAAAUAUCGAAUGACUUGUGUCUAGUCUCAGCUCUUUUUUAACCUAAAACGACACUUAUAUCAAUCCUUCAUAUCAAAAAAUUUAUUAUUUUAACCCCUGAGAAUCAACAAAAAUACUCAAAACUGUCACCGAUCAAAAAAUCUCUUUAAUUAAUUAAGAUUAAAAAAAAUACGACGAAAAAAUCUGUGUAUAAAAACAAACGAAUAAU